AUUUCGAGUGAUCUGAAGUAUCGGUUUUUUUUUUCAGGAUCUCAUUUUUAUUCCUGCGAUUUCGAAACGCCAGCUCUUGAAUUUACAACAUCAAGAUGGCAAGAACGAAACGGUAUGCCCGGAGCGUGAUUUCACAGCCAAUUAGAAUCCAAAAUGGCAAUUCGCAAUCGCAACCCAAGGACCCAUUGCAUAUUGGCAACGGAGCUGGUAACUCGCAAUCGCAAUCUAACGGUCACACUCGGGUGUAUGACAUUCGUCCUCGACGCAACAUCAAGUCUCCUUGGCGAGCACGAGCGGAUCGCAACUCAAUUUCCAAAGCAGCAGCCGAAUCCUCCAAGAAAUCCUCGGCGGCGGGAAAAGAUAGGAAUCCCGACAGCGAGGAAGACGAAGAAUUGCAAGAAUCUGAAUUUGUCGGCGAUUUCAGCGACGAAGACGACGAGGAGGAGGGUGGUCCGCGCUUUGGCCGCCCACUGGGUGUCGACCGCACGCUCAUUUACUCCGGAUCUCCUCUUAUCAAUCUGAGACUAAACAAAAUGAGAAUUGAGCUGGUGCCGAAGCCGCAAUUGGCACCGGCUCCUUGUCGGUCCCGCACCGAGCUCUUUGACAUCGUGUGGGCCAAGUGGAAGAACUAUCCGUUUUGGCCCGGGAUGGUGUGUUUGGAGUCGGACUCGGAAAUGCACCUCAAGUACACGAACCGGCGAGAAGUGGCUGAGAUUCACGUGCAGUUUUUCGACCGGCCUGUAACGUCUGCGUGGAUCGUUGCCAAAUUAGUCGCGCCUUUCUGUCUGGACAAGAAAUACUUGUUCCUUCGCAAAUCGGAAAAGAAAUACGCCAACACACUUUCAGAAGGCGUGGAAAAUGCAGUCACUGCGAGUCACAUGCCUCGAGCAGAGCGCAAAUGUCUCCUAUCGCGAACCGAUGACAACACCGACAUCAAAUUCUUCUCAAGUGUCGACGACGACGACGGCCACGAAGCCCACACAUCAAACAACAACAACGAGGACGAGAAGAGACUGUCUUUGUCGCCCAAGUCCCCGAAAGUGUCUUGUCGUGCGUGUCUCCGGGAAUUCGCGUUUGUGGAUCCAGUGUACGGAGUGGAAAUGUGUUCUCAGUGUCGCGUGUUUCUCGAGACGCAACUGGCGUCUCGAGAUAAAGUGGAGCGCAAGUGUAAAAGACCCGAGGUUCGAGAAUAUUGCGACUUGCGAACCGAAGAAGACCCGUGCGAAGCGUGUCUCUUAUCCGCCAUCGUUUCCUCCGAAUCCAAGUUGCAACGCACCGAGUACCUCAAGCUCCUGCGUCGAGUGCCGAAUAUCCGAGUGCCUCAGAAAAUCCCGCCGUACUUUUUCGUCCCUGACGACCUGAAGGGACUCUUGGAAGCCAAUGGUGACCUGCAUUUUUUGCACUACAUGCCAGAGUCUGACGUGCCUGUGCUCGGAGAAGAAGUGAAGAUCGCGUCUCCUAAACGUCCCUCGUCAUCACCGAAAUCAUCACCGAUCGUCGUGAAGGAAGUGUCUGAAGGAAAGGGGCAAGUGAUGGUGAAGAACGCGUUUCGGCUCGUGGAUCCCUCCACCAUUUUUGUCCCUGCUACUCCUUUGCUUCCGGUUUCCGCACAAAAACGACUUCCGAACGGACGCUUCGGAAACGCUUCCGCGCCUCCGAAAAUCCUCGACAGUAGCAUAUCGUCGAGGGAACGCGAGAGGCUCAUUACGGACGCGUUGGUUCAAUUCGGUUCCUUGCGGAAGAUCACGUUGAAACCCUCUGACUUCGGUGGAGCGAAGGAAUCCGUCAUCAAUGUUCCGAAGACUCGAAGCAGCGACUCGAAGCUCGUUGUGACGAAGAAACCCAGGGUCGUGUUGGACGUGAAGGCGCUGAAGGAGGCGAAGACUCGGUUCACUGCGUACUUCCUGAAACCCUUGAAUAGGGGCUACUUGGUGUCGAUGAAGGAGAACCUGUUGCGGUAUUGCAUCGAACCGGAUGUGGGCAGUGUGGGCAAUGUGUCUUGUGCGUUGGUGUGCCCCGUGUGUUUGCACGUGACUGUGCCGAAUGCCGGGUCCACGAGCUUCUCCACGUUCGGCAACCAGUUUAUUUGCGGGAAUUGUUCGUCAUUUAUGACGAAGCAAGUGGAAUUGGCGAAACGGGAUUUGGCACUGCUCAGAAAAGAUAAUUCGGACCCGCCGGAACCAGGGGUACGUGACGUGUACGUGUGUGUGACCGGAAGCAACGCCUGCCACCUGGGCCCACGGACUGCGGAACGGUGUGCGUCUUGCUGGCUCCGCUACAGCAUCAACGCCAUCAAGGACACUGAGAAGAUCACUUUUUCCGUGUACCGAGCGCUGUGUUUCCGGCUUCCGGCCGACGCGAGUUUGGGCGCGUUGCCCAAACAGGUGCGACGGAUGCCGGCGGACCGGAAGCCGGGCGUGUGGGUCGACGAGGAUCACUUUGGAUUGUACCUGUCGGAAACUCCGGAUGCCCGCAAAUGGUGCUGCGUGUGUUGCCAGCCGACUGUGGAGGGCCGGUGGAACGGCGCGGCUUUGUGCUCUGAGUGCAAGGCGAGCAACAGUCGGAGAAAAGUGAUCAAGUUGUGGGUGAGCAAAGAACCGGAGCCUGUCAGCGGCACGUGUCCCGUGUGCAACGCGGAGUUUUUUCGGAGUCUCCCGAGGGAUAACCAGACCAAGUUGUCCUUUCUAGAGCAUUACAUGUGUGAUUUCUGCGCGGCUUUUGGCACGGAAGUGGCCAAGGACUUGGAGACUGAGGACAAGAGCAAAAUAUCCCCGGAAUUUCGGUCUUUUUACUGCCAUACCAAGGGACAGUGUCCACCGUGUUUGCUGCGGAGGAUAUUGGACUGCACGUUGGACAUGCCACUCAAGCUGUUGAUGCAGUACGUGGAAAAGUUGCCGCGAUGGUGCUGGCCUGCCAGAACCGAGAUCGUCAAUUUCGACGUGCUGAUUUUCGCCAAAUUCUUUCCGAAACCCCCUCCGUCGCCCGAGGUGUCCGUGAAGCGGAAAUCCACGCUGACGAAUCACAGUCCGACGGACGUUGAGAUCGUGGACGUGUCGGAUGACGACGCCGACGUUGAGAAAGGCGUCGCGUCACCCGCGCCGAAAGUGAUGAAAAGGGGUAGAGAGGGAAAGUGUGAGGUGGUGGAUGUGACGAGUGUCAACUUUGACUGGCGGCGUCCGAGGGGCAACUGGAUGUUCAAGAAUCCGUCGGAAGUGGAACGAAAUGUGGACAGAUACUUCACGCAAGUUUUGCGAGCCUACAACAAUUGGUUCAAGGAUAAUUGA